UUUGGGACCUUAUGCUGGAUGCAUGACUUCUCCACCUUGUUUAAGUAUAAUACAAACUCUUACCUGCCUCUUGUCCUCCUCGUUCCUGCCUCUUAGAGUCACAACCACCGCAGACAUGCGAGUCUGUGACAAAUAUGACCCCUUUAAUGCGCCUUAUAAUCCGGUGCGCCUUUUGUAUGAAAAUAGACUUGACUAGACCCACUCAUCGGCAGUGCGCCCUAUGGUCCGGAAAAUACGAGCGCUUCACUGCUGCAAUACUUUCAGCACCAAAGGGGGCAGUGUCGAGUCGAAAAGUCCAAAGUUUGGUGGGUUGUCAUGGUAACCACCCUGCGUCGCCACCUUGUUGCAUAGCAACACGUUAUGUGCCGCAAACAAGACUUCCCCUUCAAGAAUAAACAGGGGAAAAAAAAAAAAAAGGCCUCUGCCGACACCUGCAAUGCAAACCGGCAAUGAAAAACAAACCGAGGAAGACCUUCAAGUUCCGCUGGGGCUGAAAAUUGAGUUCCUCAGAGCUUUGAAGGCCAAAGACCUCCAGCGGGCGAGGAGCCUGUGUCAGAUGAUGCUCCUCUAUGAACCACACCAUCCCGAAGCUUCCGAGUUCCUUCCUCUCAUCCAGAAGAAGAUGCUCCAAGAGCAAGAAGAGGCGGACCAGGGCAGAGGCGAUAGUGAGCAGGACGAUGAUGUUGACUCUGGAAGUGACAGAGAAUCUCCGGAGAGUUCCAGCUCAUCCCAAACAUCUGAUGAGGAGCAGGAGACGAUCGAGUGAUUUUAAUCUCAUACCGGUAUUAUUCAAUAAAUAAAGUGUCGGGUUGAAAUGUGGCUUUAGACCUCAUUUUA